UGCCUCCUGCCCUAUAUUAGAGCCCCACACUCUGUGUCUCUUAUCUCAAAACUCACCAUGCUGCGGCUGCUGAGCUUGGUCCUCCUGGUGGCCCUUGCCUCAGGCUGUGGCCGCCCAUCCUACCGUGCCGGCAGCCGGGUUGUCAAUGGCGAGGACGCGGUCCCCUACAGUUGGCCCUGGCAGGUCUCCCUGCAGUAUGAGAAGGACGGGAACUUCCACCACACCUGUGGUGGCAGCCUCAUCGCCCCCGACUGGGUCAUGACUGCAGGCCACUGCAUCUCGAGCUCCCGGACCUACCAGGUGGUGCUGGGCGAGUACGACCGGGCUGAAGAGGAAGGCCCCGAGCAAGUGAUCCCCAUCAACGCCGGGGACCUCUUUGUGCACCCGCUCUGGAACCCCAACUGCGUGGCCUGUGGCAAUGACAUUGCCCUCAUCAAGCUGUCACGCAGCGCCCAGCUGGGAGACACAGUCCAGCUCGCCUGCCUCCCCCCAGCCGGUGACAUCCUGCCCAACGAGACGCCCUGCUACAUCAGUGGCUGGGGCCGACUGUACACUAACGGGCCACUCCCAGACAAGCUGCAGCAGGCCCUGCUGCCCGUGGUGGACUACGAGCACUGCUCCCAGUGGGACUGGUGGGGCCUCUCUGUGAGGAAGACCAUGGUGUGCGCUGGCGGGGACAUUCAAUCCGGCUGCAAUGGUGACUCUGGAGGGCCUCUCAACUGCCCCGCAGCGGACGGCAGCUGGCAGGUUCACGGCGUGACCAGCUUCGUCUCCGCCCUUGGCUGCAACACCAUCAAGAAGCCCACAGUGUUCACCCGCGUCUCGGCCUUCAACGACUGGAUCCAGGAGACCAUUGCAAACCACUAGAACCAAGGCCCGGCCGGCAGUGUCAAUUCCAUAUCCUCUAUAAAGAAUAAAGAUCUCUUAGAAAAUCCGAA